UGCUACUCCUGACCAACCUUUGGCCUCUUUUGUUGUAUUUGCUCUUGAUUUAAAUCAAUCAAUGCUCUACUCUGUGUUUCGCCUUGGGCAAGCAUAUUACAAUGGGUAUCUCUCGCAGUGCCGUUCCGCAAACAGACCCUGAUCACCCAACAGUAGUUUCCCACGACCACGAAGACGACAUUGAGCUCCUAGAGCCUAAAAAGCACAUGUAUGAGCGCAUAGCGUCUACUGACCAUUACGCAGCGCACGGUAGCCCUCAUGACAAACAUGUUCUAUCCAGCCUAGCAGUGUGGAAAUGGGAGCUCCUGUCCUUUUCGGCGGGUGCUGUCUCCCUCAUCGCCAUCAUCAUUCUUCUAUACACCUACAAUGGUCGUGACACCUCUGACUGGAAAGCACCAUUCUCUCUCAACACUGUGGUAUCUAUAUUUUCCACCAUCUUCAAGGGUACUCUCGCUUUGCCUAUUGCCGGCGCAAUGGGGCAGCUAAAAUGGAUCUGGUUUUCCAAGCGGCCUCGCAGCCUGGCUGAUCUCUCUAUCUAUGAAAAAGGUGGCAGCGGUGCAUGGGGGCCUGUCAUGCUACUCUUUCGACAACUCCGCGGACAGCGGUUCUCUUCUCUAUCCAGCUUUGGUGCUGCUCUUCUUCUUCUCGCCUUCGCUGUCGGUCCUUUCUCUCAGGCAUCCCUCGCCGUGGGCACUUGCCACCAAAUCCUUUCACCUACAGUUUCAGCUCCUGCACAAGUCCAGCGCGUUUUGCAAUCUCACCAAGGUGAUUCAGUUGGCUAUGGUACGAAGCUAAGCCCAGCUAUGAAAAUCGCCAUGUACGCAGGAAUCUAUACGAUGCCGCCGAAUAGCUCCGUCACAGCGCAAGUUACUUGCUCUACGGGCAACUGUACCUUCCCAUCGUUUACCACGUUGAGCAUGUGCUCUUCGUGUUCCGAUAUUUCUGAUCGAAUCCAACGACCGAACAAUCGAACCUGGAUGCUAGUAGGACAAGGUUACAACUCCACAGUAUUCCGCAUCGACACACCUGGAUUUGGUAGCCGACAUGUAUAUGUCAAUGUGACUACCUCAGCCAACGUAUCUUUCCCCUUCAGAAAAGACUAUGAGAAGAAUAGAAGCUCGCUCAUGGAUUUCCAAAUCCUCGCCAUGAGCUGCAAAAACGAAGGGCCGUGCAUGUUGGAUAACGGCCCAAACGACACAGCAGUUGCGUUUGAAUGCAGAUAUACCCCCUGCGUCAGAACCUAUAGCGGCAGCGUUGUAAACCACAUAUAUCAGGAACACGAAACCUCUCAGCAGCCGUUGUAUCCUGAAAUUGAUUACCUAAACCCACAAAAUACUCUUUUCCAGUUGGAAGCAAACGCAACGUUGCCAAACGGUACCAUUGUCGACUGCAGUUCAUCUACUGAAAAGAGCGCGUCGCAUAGUAUGGAAGUUACGACGCGCGGAAGCCGGUACGAGUUCUUGGCUCUCAACAGUACGCGCAAUUUCACGCCAAAAACCAUCUAUUAUCGUCCGGAAUGCGUUUACAAGGUUAACGCGGGAGAAACAUCCGCAUUACAAUACUUCAUGAGAGAUUUUUUUGGCGGUGCUAAGCUCUAUUUGGCGUUCAGGGAUAGCAACAGCGACUACCCCUGGCUGGACCAGCUAUGGAAUAGAGGAAAGCUGAAUGUAUCGUCGGUAGCUACAUUCGGCGAAGGCAUUGCCAGAUCAAUCAGCGCGCAGUGGCGCAGAGACCCCCAGCCCGUGGGUGUUGAGGACGUUGUGGGACAAACUCAGAAGGCACAGCCUUGCUUUAAAGUUCGCUGGAGUUAUCUUUCUUUCUUGGCCAUGCUCUGCGUUGCUGAGCUGCUUUUUCUUAUCGCUGUUCUCAUUACCAACUAUCGGAGCCCCUGGCAAGGCGAUUGGAAAGCAUCCAACGUACCUCUUCUGUUUCAAGAUCUUCAGCUUCAGAAUCCAGCAACUGAACAGAAGGAAGCCGACUUGUGUAGGAAGGUCGCAAGUGUUACUGCUCUGUUUGUACCGAAAGCUGGGCGCUGGCACUUGGAUCGACAAUAGACGCUGUACUUUUCAACUUCAUAAGCUAUAGGAAAACGAAAGAUGAGUUUAUCAAUUCAACCCAAAACUGU